ACUGGACCUGAAAGACAUUGUCAUCGAAAAUAUAUUGGACUAUGUAGUGUUCAAUGCCUCUUACUUACCUGUUGGAUUCAGAUUAAUUGUAGCUAUAGACUUUCCUGAUAUCACAUUAAAUGCAAAAUACGACAUGGAUGGGUGGCUGGGAGGUGGGCUUCUCUACUUGUUCGGUCAUGGAGAUAUUAAACUUUCUCUCGUCGACAUUUCCCUUUAUGUCGGGUUGGGUCUGAGAACUGUCGAGAAUAUAGUCGACGUAACUUGCGUCGCCUUAGACUACAACGUUGGCGAUGUAAAGGUCAACAUAACGGGUCUCCUCGGUGAUGAAGACCUAGGCAAUUUCUUCAACCUCGUCCUAGAAGACGCUAUCCCAACAUUACUUGAACUCGCAGAAGAUCCUCUUCUAGGAAAAGUGACAUGUCUUCUGAAGGAAACAGCUAAUGAUUUAUUUCAGAAGAACCAGAUCACGUUGAACCAACUGCUAUGCAAAGCUGGUAUAACAUUGUUUUGUUUAGGUAGCAAAUGAGAUAAAAUGUAUGUAAGGGUCUCAUACGAUCAAUGAAUGAUAUGUAAUACAGCCCUUUUUGUUUGCUUUAUAUUCUUCUUAAAAAAACACACACCGUUGGAAUUAAUAAAAGAAGAAAGCGGUAAGAAAAGUAUGACAGGCUCUAAAUAAAAAUCAAUGAUUGUCAA